UGGAAGAUUCCAAUCCACUGACGAUGCCUCAUGAAGGUGAAUUACAUUAAACUUUCAGCAUUGGAUGAAUUGUUGGAAUUGUAUUGUUUGUAUUAUUUGUACCAUUUAUUUUGUUCCGUCUCAGAAUAAGGAAACAGCUAACUUGAAAAUUACCCACUCCCUGUCUGAGGCCCACUGGUUUUGCCUAUUAGGUUGUCCAUCAUGAACUUCUGGCUCUUUCUGGGCAGUGUGGCGGUAUCUAUUCUGGCUGCAGCCUCAACAGGCACAUUUGAUUCGAAAUUAGAUGAAGAUUGGAAACAUUGGAAAUCACAACAUGGGAACCAGUACACCAAGGAUGAGGAGAGCUACAGGAGAAUGAUAUGGGAGGACAAUAUGAGAUACAUCGAACAACACAACAUCGAACACUCAUUGGGAAAACGCACAUCUAAAAUGGGAAUGAACAAAUUUGCAGCUCUGACCAAUGAAGAGUUCAAUAAGCUAAUGAAUGGACUUCCCCGAAUCGAAGCUGUUAACAUGACUGAAAUUGAAACUGAUGAAAGAGAUGAAAGUAGUGUAUCUGAAGAAAGUCACAUUCAAUUGAGAACUGCAACUGUUGACUGGCGGAGAGAAGGAUUAGUUACUCCAGUGAAAAACCAGGGUCAAUGUCAUUCUGACUGGGCUUUCAGUGCAACUGGUGCCAUAGAAGGACAGUGGGCAAAAAGGCAUGGAAACCUGGUUUCUCUCAGUGAACAGAAUCUGAUUGAUUGUAAGGAACCAAGAAACGGAUGCUUUCUUGGAACGGCAUUGAAAGGCUUUCUUCAAGUGAUUGGUUUUCAAGGCAUCAACUCUGAGGAAACUUACCCUUACACAGGAAAGGAUAGAGACUACUGCAGAUUUCAGCCAGAUAAAAUUGCCGCUAAAAUCACUGACUACAAAUGGGUUUGGGGAGGCGAGGCAGCAUUGGAACAAGCAGUGAGAGAGAUAGGACCGAUGUCUGUUGUGAUUAAUGCAAGUCUGAAAUCCUUCCAACAUUAUAAAGGAGGAGUUUACUAUGAUGAAAAUUGCAAUGGAUAUGUAACCGAUGAAGUGCUGGUGGUUGGUUUUGGAAUUGAGGAUGGAAUGAACUAUUGGCUGGUUAAAAACAGGUCCGUACUCUAUGAAAUAAUAAACACCUGAUCAUAGAUGGAGAAG